CUAACUAAAUGAGUUCGUAUCUUUGGUAUUUCAAGGAAAUCUUUCGAUGAGGAUAACAUUAUUAUUAAUUGAUUUAAAAAUUACUGUUUAAGAAAAACAAUAUCCUAUGGAAUAUAUGUUUGAAAGAAUCUUAUAGAGUUUUUAGAAAAUUAACAUAGACACUACAAAUAAAGUCCAUUCGUUUUUUAAUUAUUAUUUUUCUAGGUACAAUUGAGUGAGUAGUCCCUGCGCACUGCUUUUUUUGUUUUGUUUUAGACUUUUAGAGCAUUUUCAAUCAUUUUUUUAAAUUUAAAUCAAUCAUUCGUUGACAUUGUUUCAUGUUAAUAGUGUUAUAUAACUAAUAACAAUGAUUAAUAAUCAAUGUUUUUCAUUGAUUAUAAAUUGUCAAGUACACAACAGCAUUGUCAAAAUCAAAACUGGCACUAGACUGACACUAGACAGGAAUAAUUUUAAAACUAUUGAAUGGUAAUUGGUUGGACUACUUAGACUUGACUUAGGACUUAGUCUUUACCUUUGUUAUAGUUACUGAGUUACUGUUACAGUUAGGCCUAUUUAAAUAGUAUUUGCUAUUUCUGUCUGAUCUAAUUCAUUUAGACUACAUACUAUAUUAUUCAUCGUUCACUGUUUGUUUUAGCCUGUCUCGGUUUCUAUUUUAAUUUUAGUUUAGAUUAGAAAGAGAACUUUGUGGUCUGCAAGCAGUGUCUCAGCCCUAGGCCUAUAGUCUAUAGCCUAUUAGUAUAAUUAUAUCACAAUCACAUGUCUAUCUUAACCCUCUUGAGACGGCUGGGCUCAUUUGAGUCAAAUUGUAAAAAAAAAUUAAAAAAAAGACCAAUCCAUCGGCCCAUUAAUAAAAGUCUUACUGUAAUUAUCCAAAGCAUUCAACAAGAUUCACUUUUUCGUAGUCAGAGUUUCAACACUAGAUUGUAUUUGAAGCUUCCUGUCAGAGAGAGCAUAAAGGGUAGUACUCGAAAGAGUUACUUCUCGACUGUCACAAGGCACAGUAUUAGGAUCCCUUCUAUUCUUCUUAUAUAUCAAUGAUCUUUUAGAGGCAAUUACUAGUGUAAAAAUUUUUACAGAUGAUAUUUUACUUUAUAGAAAAGUUAAGAAUCAAGAUGACCAGGUCCUCCUCCAACAAGAUCUGGUAGCUUUAGAGAAUUGGUAUCGUAACUUGCAGAUGGAAUUCAAUCCCAGCAAAGGUGUAGUCAUCAAUAUCUGAUCUAGAAAAAAGGAGGAACUUCUACCAUCCAUUUAUUAUCUUCAUAGACGCAAACUCAAAACAACUCAAAGCAAGUACCUGGGAGAACUUUCAAGACAACCUCACAAGGAGCAAAAAUAUUCAUAACAUAUCUGCAGAUGGAAACAGCAUAGUUGGUUUCUUGCAGAGGAAUUUCAGGGAAUGUACACCAAAAGUGAAAGCGGCAACCUACAAAUUCAUGGUCCAUCCCACCCUUGAAUAUGCCUCAACUGUGUGGGAUCCACAUAGACAGUGAAACUAAACUGUCCUAGAGAUUGUGCAGAGACAUGCUGCGAGAUAUUUCUACCACAACUUUAGAGACAGAGUGACACAGUCACACGCAUGCUUAACAACUUUGGAUGGACCAUCCUAGAAGAAAAAAGGAGAAUCAACAGACUAGGGAUCUUGUACAUAAUCAAUAAUAGCAUAACUGAGAUCAUCAAAGCUGAAUUCUUUAAACUCUUGGAUGAAAGAAAAGAGGAACAAAAAUUCAUCAAGAGCAAGAUUUCCACCCUGCCCUGUUCCAUUCAUUCGUACCUCUGACAAUCUCUGAGUGGAGCAAUCUCCCCCUUGCCAACACAUAUUCCCCUUCCUGUAGUCAUUCAAGUCACAGCUCUGUGGUAGCGGACCCCUGCAGUCAGCCUCCCCCCAAUCCCUAAGCCCCCAAUGUCUUGUAAAUGGUUUUAACUUUUUAGCUCCACUAUUUCACCAAGCAUACUCCCUCCCUCCAGCUCCACCUCCCCCCACCCCAAGCAGGGCUUUUUAACCUUCAUACAUGACUUGCACAGACUGCAUCAAAUGGGCCUGCUGUGUAUGGACAUCACGAUGGGACCUUCAACAUUUGAAAGAGCCCAGUGCUUACGGGAAGAAGAAGUAGAUUGGUUGGCUUUUCUUUGUACCAGCUAAUCAGAUUGUUUCUGGCAAGUUUAGCUCAUCUUGCCAUUUUAAUGGUGACUUCCACUGAUAGUUUACGGUGUUCAGUCAUUUUAUAUCAGUCUUUUUUUUUUACCUAGUGACCCCUAUAAAUGCUAAAAAACCAUGUGACUUUGAAAUAAGCCAAGAGGCAUAAGCACCUCCAUUGGAAUAUUAUAUGCAGUUUUUCACAUUGAAUCUCAUUCAAAUGUUUGUGAAUACUUAUAUUUAGGCUUCAACAAUUAUGAAAUUUAACAAAAUUCUGAAAUGCAUGUUUAUUCUAAGUGUAACAAAAAAUUGGCAUACAUAAAUAUGCAAAUCGGGAUAUCUCAUUUACAUAACUAUUGAGAUUUCAGUUUGGGUCAUAAAGAUCAUAUCAAUUCAUUCAAUGCCCUACAAGAAUAAACAAAAUUUUAGAUUUGUAAACUAAUUAGUUUAUUUUAUUAAAAAAUUGUGCGAAGUUAUAGCAGGGCUUGUGAAAAGGGCCCUGACAGUCCAAAAAGGCUGCACCUCACGAGGCCAAUCUAGUCUAACUCAAUAUAUAUUACUACUACUAUUGUUACACAGUCAACUUUUUUAAAAUUACAUUUAAUUAAGCCUAGGAAUAUAAAUACUAAAAUCAAUAAUGUUCUGUAACAACUUUUCAAAAUCAUUAAGAUGUGUAUUACAUUUAGUUUCAUUUAGCAAACAUUAAAAUCAUAAUAAAAGUAAAAGCAGGAGUAGCCCUACUGCUCCUAGAUAUUGUGAUUAUGAUAUUGAUAGUGUUGCACCAAAUAAUCUGCAGUUUCCAGUCACAAACCUAACAAGGAAAAAAUUUAAGUAAAUUAAGCUUUGCAUGCAAACAGCUUUAAGUUUCAUUUCAAUAAUUUAUCAAUCAUGUUUAAGUUUAAGGGGGACUUUUACAAUAUUUAUUUAUUUUCUGGUAUUUACUAAAUCUGCCAUUUAUAGACUAUUCUUAUAGUAUUAGUAUGCAUCUAAAUUAUAUAUUUGCAUGCUUUGACAUGGUUCUCUUAACCAGUAUGACUGCUGGUUAGGUCAACUUUUAAGGAUUUGUUUUCAAAAGACACUGGCUUCCUAAACUUUUUUCAACUCCAACUAAAUAUUUGCCUGUAAUCGUUGUCAUCUUAUUUGAUUUCCUGGCAUGCUUCUUCAGCCCUUGUUAAUUUUACUUUUUCUUUCCCAUAGAAUACUACACCAUUGAAUUGACUCAAGACAAAUUAAUCAAAUCUUUAGACCUCACUAAUAUCACUUCAUGCCAAAAUAGUCUUAAUACAGUUGGUCAACUGAAGAUCUUUUUGAGCUGUGUAAGAAGCACCAGGUGACCUGAUAUGAUUCCUAGGUAAAAAUCUAUUUAAAUCUGUUUUGUUAAUCAAUAUUGUAGAUGAGGGGUCCUUAAACUAUGGCCGGCAGACCAGAUCUGACCUGGUUGUGGCCCUUAACCUCAUCUGUGGUGACAUGUAUGAAACUGAACAUUGACCAUCUUUACGCCAAAAGCCUGGCCCAUACUUUUAUUUGAAAGACCCAUAGCUUUAUGGCAAAUAUGUUGAUUUAUAUUGUUACGCAGUAAAAAUAUUGUAUUGUUUUUUCCUGUUCGAUUUGCACUAAACAUAGGAAUUUGUGCAUAUUUUAUUUUAAACUGUAGUCUGAUCCACAAACAGUGUCUGAGGCCCCCCUGUUUAUGAAGUUUUAGAACCCCUGUCAUAGUCUACGGUUAUAAUGAAUUUGUUUAACUUUAUUUCAGUGUAUUGGUUGGAUGUCACGGUUUUUAAAAAAUGUGAAAAACUUGUGUUUGAAAAAUGAUUUUUUGUAAAGACUGCAUGAUUUAAAUACGCAUAUAAUUGACAGGAGUAAUCAAAUGUUUAUUGAUGUAUAAUAGGAUUUGUUUUGAUUUACCUGUUAUUUUUCAUAAAGUACUGUUUUACUUUUCAAAUUCAGGUCUAUUCUACGGUUACAUGUUGUUGUCCAACAUCUGGUAAGUCUUGACCUUUCAUUGGAUUUCUUAGCUCACUUGAUUAAAAUUUGUGUUUAUUUGAAUUUUUUUGUGGCUCAUGGUUUAAUUUUUAAAAUGAAAUUGAUAAUUCAAAAAUGAAGUGAGAAAAAAGCUUAUUUUCAUCAUCAUUUUUUAAUGUAGCAAAGCAAUAAUUAGGUCUCUUGUUUAAACAUUGAAAUUGUAACAAAUAACCUAAUUACCAUUAUUAAGUUAAUACAAAAAAAUGAUCUAGAAUAAAAUUAAGUUUAAAAGCUGAAAUGUGUCUUAAAAGUAUUCUAGCAAGAAUAUGAUGUAGUAAUAGGUAAAUUCAAUCAGUAUUGCAAUGCUAUUAUAAUAAUCACACUUAGCAGAUAACACGCUUUUCAGUCAUUUCCUUUAUCAUGUUCAAAUGCCAAUUAUUUUUGCUAUUGAAACACUGUAGUUUAAAAUAUAAUUUUUUUUUUAUAAUUGUUUUUGUUGGAAUUUUUUUGUCAAAAAAAAGGAUGAUUUAUCCCAUCUAAUUUAAAUUGCUAUUAUUUCCAUUCUGCCCAGAAAAUGUCUCAGAUGUCAUCAAAAGCUGGGGAGGAAAUACUUUUUCAAGUAAUUAACAACACAGGGGUAAUAACUCUCAACAGACCCAAGGCCCUGAAUGCUCUGAACCUUUCCAUGGUUCGCAAGAUGUUUUCACAAAUGAUGGUAAAGAAACAGUGAUUGUGGUCUUAUAUCUAAAGGAAUCUUUGUCCAUUUUUCAUUUAGACUUUUAAUAAGAAGUUGAGGACGUCAAAAAUUGAUGAAUCAAUAAAUCCAGUUUAUACUAAACAACAUUAUUUAUCAUUAUGUAUGUUAAAUAGUGCAUGGAUUGUAAAAAAAAAAAAGUAACGCUGUUUAUUUUAAUAAAGGUGGUCCAGUAUUUGUGUGCUGCAACAAGAACUUUCUUACUGUUUACUUACCUUCACUUAGUCCCUGUCACACGACAUGUUCGGUCUUACUGCCCCAAUCAAUAACUGCUGAACUAUUGAACAUGUUUUGUGAAACUAAUUAAAAACAGCUGCUGGUAAUCAACAACGUUAUUGGUGGCAAGAGAGCACAAAGUCUAAAAUGAUGGCGUUGAUAGGAGUAACAUAGGAAAAUAUUCCAUAAACUUAAACGACCCACUCUCAAACAAGUGAUACAACUGAUUAACAGCACAUACAUUUUUAAAAUUGUCAAAAUAGCUUAAUUUCUGAAAUAAGCCGUGGUAUCACAGCAAGAACGGGGGGGUGGGGGUUGGUGGUGUAAUCUUUAACUCAGUUAAUCUCUAACCCAGUUAAUCUCUAACCUUGACUUGUUGAACUAUUAGUUGUGCUGUUGUGGAUCUUCUGCCUCAUUUUCAGCACCUUUAGUUUACAUUAGAAUAAUAAUAGUAAAUUGUUUGAUCCAUUUUUAAAAUGGUAAAAAAACAUGACUUUUUAAAUUCAAAACAAAUAAGUGUCAUUUAUCAUUAUGAAUUAAAUGUUUGGCUUUCAUUUCUGUUACAAUUACCACCAAGACAAUGAAGAAGAAAAAAUAAUUUUUUUUUUAAUUUAAUCAAAUCUGUGCAAUUUGAGAAAUGGGAAGAAGAUCCAAAUAUAGGACUGGUAUUCAUCAAAGGUGAAGGGGAGAAAGCUUUCUGUGCUGGGGGAGAUAUUAGAGGUAACAUGUUUUUUUAUUAUUCACUUAGAUUUUUUAGUUAUAAUCUGUAUCCUUAUUCUAUUUUCUAACAAUAUAUUACAUUUUUAAAAAACGAAAUAUUUCUUUUUAUGUGGUAGACCAGUGCUGCUAACCCAAUUUGUUCCUACUGACUGCCGGCAAAAUGAUUAGCGUAACCAUGUGUCAUAAUUGUCAGGGCUUAUUAAAAUUUUCUUGGUUUUUUGUAUAGUUUCACUCGAGGUAUCAACAUUUUUCUGAUGUGGCUCCUCAGGUGGUUUUGAGACUCUUAAUUAGACCAUAUAUUUCUUGUUUGAUUUAUUCAAAUUUUAACAGAUUAAAUGAAAUGAAAUAACUAAUUAAGUGUUUCAGCACUUUACUGCAAUGUUUUUUGUUUGCAGCGGUGACGGAGGCAGGGAGGAAAGGAGACAGUUUAGCCCAAGACUUUUUCAAAGAGGAAUACAUUCUCAAUCACAAAAUUGGUAAUUUGAUGCCAUUUACAGCUCAUCUAUUUGAUUGGGAUUGCUGUGUUCAAGUAUAAUAAAUAUGAAUUCACUAGUCUGUGCAUCAAGUUCUAAUAAUGACACAGGCUGGAUAAGUUAUGUGAAGACCAACUUGUAAACGCUUCUUUGAGUCAUGAUAAAAGAUUUGAAAACAUACUUGGUGUUUAUUCCAAUGUCCAUGUCAUUUCAUUGUUAUAGGGUUUAUUUAAACAAGUAAUGUUAUGGUUUGUUUGAAAUCUUAGCAUGCAUUGUUAUGGUUUGUUUGAAAUUUAAGCAUGCAUUGUUAUGGUUUGUUUGAAAUCUAAACAUGCAUUGUUAUGGUUUGUUUGAAAUCUAAACAUGCAUUGUUAUGGUUUGUUUGAAAUCUAAACAUGCAUUGUUAUGGUUUGUUUGAAAUCUAAGCAUGCAUUGUUAUGGUCUGUUUGAAAUCUAAGCAUGCAUUGUUAUGGUUUGUUUGAAAUCUAAACAUGCAUUGUUAUGGUUUGUUUGAAAUCUAAACAUGCAUUGUUAUGGUUUGUUUGAAAUCUAAACAUGCAUUGUUAUGGUUUGUUUGAAAUCUAAGCAUGCAUUGUUAUGGUCUGUUUGAAAUCUAAGCAUACAUUGUUAUGGUCUGUUUGAAAUUUAAAGAUGCAUUGUUAUGGUCUGUUUGAAAUCUAAAGAUGCAUUGUUAUGGUCUGUUUGAAAUCUAAGCAUGCAUUGCUAUGGUUUGUUUGAAAUCUUAACAUGCACAGUGAUAUGGUUUAUUUGAAAUCUAGACAUGCAUUGUUAUGGUUUGUUUGAAAUCUAAACAUGCAUUGUUAUGGUUUGUUUAAAAUCUAAAGAUGCAUUGUUAUGGUUUGUUUGAAAUCUAAGCAUGCAUUGUUAUGGUCUGUUUGAAAUUUAAAGAUGCAUUGUUAUGGUUUGUUUGAAAUCUAAACAUGAAUUGUUAUGGUUUGUUUGAAAUCUAAACAUGCAUUUUUGUGGUUUGUUUUAAAUCUAAACAUGCAUUGUUAUGGUUUGUUUGAAAUAUAAUUUUGAUUAAUUAAUUAGACACAAACAAUUUGUGUCAAUAUAACAAUGUAUGUUUUGCUUUAAUUAAUAACUUUAAAUAGUAAACCUAAUAAAAUUAAAUUUAAUUUACACUUAUUUAAAUGUUUUGUUGUUAUACCUAUGAAGGCAUUUGCUGAAAUGUUUACUUGUGUAUUAUGUAAAAUUAUAAUUAAAGCUAAACAUAUAAUGUUAUAUUGACACAAAUUGUUGGUGUCUUAAUUAAUGAAUAUAUUUCAAAGUUUUAUCACAGUCCAACAUUUUUAUAAUUAGUUAUUUGAAAUCUAAACUAUUUGUUUGAAAUAUACACAUGCAUUGUUAUUGCUUUAAACAACAAACUUCUGCUCACCUCAGAGAAUUAAUAGAAUUGAAUUACUUUUAAAUAGUUUAGACUGAUAUUAGCCUAGGACUUUUACAUAUGUCAUUGGAUCAACUUACUUAAAAGCUUGAACACUUUUUGUACAACCAUUUAGCCAAAUCUUCUUAUCUGUAAUUUUUAAGGUAACUACAAAAAGCCAUACAUUGCUCUCAUAGAUGGAAUUACCAUGGGUGGGGUAAGUUGGCUAAGAGCAAUAUUUAUUUUUAAUGUUAGUUUUACAAAUAAUUUCAUUGUAAAAUUCAUCCUUGAAUUUAAAAAAACAACUAAUUUCAGUGAAAACCUUUAUGUUGUUAGUUCAGUGAAAACCAUAUUGUUCUUAGAAUUCUGAAAACCAUAUUGUUGUUAAUUAUAAAAAAUAAUAAUGUUGUUAGAUUGUGCAAGCCAUUAUGUUUAUAGUAUGGUGAAAACCAUAGUGUUGUCAGUACUGUGAAAACCAUAAGGUUGAAGUAAAAUGUGAAACCAUAUUGUUGGGUACUUAUUGUGCUAAUGAAAACUUGUGAGCAUCACAAUGGUGGCAUCAUUAUGUUCCUGAGUGUGUGUGCCUCAUUGUCUUGCACAACAGCAAAAUCAAUUCCUCUAGAUGCUAUGUGAAAAAUGUCCUGCACUGAUCAGUUAGGAAUCUCUUACUAACUGAUUUAUGGCAGAUAAUAUAUUUAGGAAAACAGUCAAAUAUUUUUCAAAAUUUAUUUUUUAAAGGUAUUCAAAAAGAUUUCUAUUAAGCAAUAAGGCUAAGAUGUUAAGAUGAUAAGAUCUUUAAAAAAAAAAAAAGGAAAUGGCAUUCUGCCUAAAGGCAAACAACUUGAGAUCCACUGCUAUACACACUUGUAUUUUUUUAAAAAUUUAUUUUUUAAAGGUAUACAAAAAGAUUUCUAUUAAGCAAAAAGGAUAAGAUGUUAAGAUGAUAAGAUCUUUAAAAAAAAAAAAAGGAAAUGGCAUUCUGCCUAAAGGCAAACAACUUGAGAUCCACUGCUAUACACACUUGCAAUAAAGGUAUUUUUAACUGUUCACUAAAAAAUUUUAUUUUUGACAGGGAGUUGGUUUAUCUGUCCAUGGAAAAUUUCGUGUCGGCACAGAGAGAACGAUGUUUGCCAUGCCAGAGACAGGAAUAGGUGGGUCAUCAUUGUUAACUCACAAAACCUUGGUUAGAAUCAUUAGACGGGGAUCAUUGAAAUAGGGACUGGAAAUGUUGUAAAUUAAGAGAGGUUAUUUACAGAGACUAGUGGCUAGUUAUUGAACUUGAUAAGAUCACUUUCCCUUUGGAAAUAAUCAGAAUCACAAUUGUUUUUUACUUGCACAAGUCGCACAUUGAUUUACACCACCCCUUUACUCCAUCCCUUUUAUACCAUCCCUUUGUAAAAAUUCCAGAAAAUCCUUUGUGGGAGAGGCAGGCUGGAAACUGAUUUAGAUAACACUUGUACAACAUAAAAAAAAAACUAGCCCUUUGUCAAGUUUCUAAAAAUUUGAACUGUGCUAACCAUAAAGAAAUAUUAGACAUUGUAGUUACUGGUAUACUGUAUAUGAGUAAUGCACAUGAUCGAAUUUAUAUUGGAAAUUUUUAAUAAAAAGAUUUGACUCAUUAGAUUCACAAUUUUACAAAGCUGCUGUGUCUUUUUCCUGUUGGGUUUUUGUAUUGUACUUUCACCCAUUUUCUUUCUGUUCUUCUGACCUUCGUUUUUGUUAGUGACUUGUGCCCACUUUUAUUCUUUUCUUUUCUUCAUCUUUGUAUGAAUAGGUAGGAUGUAAAUAUAUUAUGUAAAUUUAAUUAUAAGUACAUUACUGUUUUUUGUUGUAUAGAUGAAGACAUUAGCGGAUAAGUUAUAAUUUGUAUUUCGUCUAAUCAUAGUUAAGGCUUAACUUGUAUUGUUUUAUUUAAUUAAUUUGUAUGUGUAUCAUUAAUCUACUUAAAAGCUUUAUCGUUAAAAGGGUUUAUCGCAAUCCCAUCCCCUUAUCAUGGCCACAGAGUGAGAGAAUGCUUUUGGUUCAGGAUAACAGAAUAUGUUCAGUUCAACUGGUUUGUAGAGAAAAGUUCAGUUGCUUUUUGUCGUGUUUCACACAGGUCUAUUCCCUGAUGUUGGUGGUGGCCAUUUCCUGCCGAGGCUGGACGGAAAGUUUGGCAUUUUUCUUGCUCUCACUGGAUUCAGGUUGAAAGGCAGAGAUGUUGAAAAGAUUGGCAUUGCCACACAUUUUAUAGAAUCUUCAAAGGUCAGUGUAGAGUGAUUGUAGGGUGAUGUGAUGUAGGGUGAUGUGAUGUAGUGUGGUUUAGGGUGAUGUAGUAUGGUUUAGGGUGAUGUGAUGUAGGGUGAUGUGAUGUGAUGUAGAGUGGUGUAGGGGGAUGUGAUAUAGGGUGAUUUGAUGAGGGGUGGUGUAGGGUGCUGGAGUGGCUCAUUUCAAGUGUAGAGAAAAGCUAAUGAGACUAUUUGGCAGAUCUGGGAUUUCUUGCUAUACAUAUGUAUAUUAUAUAUACAUAUACCCGGUAUAUAUAAGUAAUUUAAUUUAAACCCUGGGAGGUUGAAGGGGUGGGGAGGAUCAGCAUUAUAUAUACCUUAUUUUUUCUCACAUUCAAAAUUGAUUUUCAAUUAAAUAAAAUUGUCCUGCGUGAGACACUAAGAGAUUCUCAUUUGUUCAUAAAAUUUUUUUGUGAUAAGAACUUUGACUGUAUUCUUAAUAGCAACCAUUUAAUAUGAAUUUCUUCAUGUUCAAGAGACUAGCCUAACAAACAAACAGACUAUUGUUGUAUGACCACCCAUCAAAUAUGUUAUACAUUUAUGACCAUCCACCAAAUGUUAUACAUUUACUACAACCAAUCUAAUAGGUUUUAAAUUUAUGAUUAGAUCAGUGAAUUGGAAGAGAGGUUGACAAAUUUAAAGUUUGAUGCAGGCCAGGCCGGGGUUGCAGAUGUACUGGAGGAUUUACAGAAACAGGUAAAAGUCUUUGGUUGUUGUGAACUCAGGUGUGAAGAUGGUUCAUAAUAUUAUUGAUACAUAGAUGCUAAUCCAGUGGUUACAAGCUUCUUACAUGCUCUCUCAUUUUAUUAUAUUUGAUAAUACUUAUAUACACACCCUACUGUUGAAUGCUAUUUGUCUUAUUUUUCAUAUUACUUUUUUUGUUUGUUUGCUGGCGAAGGCUUUUGGCCUAUACAUUCAUUAUUUUUUUUGUGUCUCUUUCUAAGCUUUCCCCGCCCUGUGUGCGUUAUUUUCUUCCUAUCUUUAUUCCAUAUUGAUUCUGUAGACAUUCAUUGUUUGUUUCAGUCAACGUUUGAUGCAGAUAAAGAAUUUGUGCUCAAAGCUCACACGGAUAAGAUCAACAGGCUGUUUGCCGGGCAGACCAUGGAGAAGAUAUUCGAUGCACUACAGAAAGAUGAGUCGGACUGGGCUAGGAAACAGCUGGACAUCUUGAAGAAAAUGGUUGGUAGAAAGGGGCUUGACAAAGUUUUCACUAUUAAAAAUUUUUUAAACUGAGUUGUAUGCUCUAAUUAUUUAUAGUUUUAUUUUCAUUAAAUUGCAUUGAAAGCAAUCUAAUAAAUAGUAUGUAACCUUUUGGGAUACAGAAAAAAUGUCUUUCUUUUUUUUUUAAACAUCAUAAAUUAUUUCCCUUUCCCUGGGAAGUUGUAACUUAAAAAUGUUAAAUCAGGUACAGUUAAUAGUUGGACUAUGAAGUGAGUUAAAACUUGGUCAUAUCAGGUACAGUAGAUAGUUGGACUAUGAAGUGAGUUAAAACUUGGUCAUAUCAGGUACAGUAGAUAUUAGUUGGACUAUGAAGGUUAAAUGGUGAGAGGAGGUUAUUCAUUUACAAACCAUUUCUUGAGUUGAAAACAAAGAUGUAUUUUUGACAGCUAGGAAAUAAAAAGAAAUGUCUCCUGAUUUUACUUUCAGUCCCCGACUUCUCUCAAGAUAACUUUGAGACUGUUGCUGGAAGGUCAGAGUCGAAGCUUGGCUGAAGAUUUACGCAUUGAGUACAGACUGAGUCAGAGAUGCUUGGAGGAUCGGGAUUUUUAUGAGGGAGUCAGAGCAGGUGAUUAAUUGCUUGAUAUUGGGUCAGAGCAGAUGAUUAUUGCUUGAUAUUGGGUCGGAGCAGAUGAUUAUUGCUUGAUAUUGGGUCAGAGCAGGUGAUUAUUGCUUGAUAUUGGGUCAGAGCAGGUGAUUAUUGCUUGAUAUUGGAUCGGAGCAGAUGAUUAUUGCUUGAUAUUGAUUGGGUCAGAGCAGGUGAUUAUUCUCUCCCAUUCAUAAUAUUCAGAUCGUAUCUUCCCAAUCCAUGGGAGAUUACAGAAUGUAUAGAUGCCCAUCCACCACCCCGCAAACAUACACCAAAAAAAAACACUCUCAUACAUCCAUAGUUAAUAUAAUUUAUAACAUAUAAUAUGGUUAAUUUUGUCAAUAGUAUAACAAGAUUAAUAAAUAAUAAAAGGCUUAUGUCGUUUAUAUGCAUGGAAAUUUUUUUCAAUAUGUCUCUCUCAGCAUAAUAUGUUUAUCCAAUUACACGUCUUGAAUCUUGAUGUUUUGUCUUGAAUCUAUUUGUUUCACAUGUAAUCAUUUGAUUAUUGUUUUAAUCGUGUUUACAGUUUUAAUAGACAAGGACAAUAACCCCCAAUGGAACCCUGCCAGUAUAAAAGAUGUUUCACAGAGUAAAGUAGAAUGGUUCUUCUCUCCCUUGGAUCCCAAAAAGGAAUUGAUUUUGUGAUUGCAAUCAAAUGUCUUUGAUCAAAGGACACAAGAACAGUGUCUUCGGGCAGAGGACUCAAGAGAUUUAUGGUUGAUUUAAGCAGAUGCCCCUGUGAUGACCCACAUGUUUUGUUGUGAUGUUGUAGGAGAUCAAAUAAUAUUCCCCCCCCACCCGAUUACAAAAUUUGUCAGUUGAAUUGUACACAACUGUUUGCACAGGGUGAUCUAUACAUGUUUCAAUUUUUAUCAUUUCAAUUCAAGAAUACAAAAUAUGUCUGGCUGUUCUUUUUGUAUAUAUCGCAAUAAUAAUACUGUAACCAGAGUUUUGGCACAAAACGUCAUUCACAUUUCAACAGAACUAAGUUGAGGGAUUUUUUAGACUUUACUUUGAAAUAUUGAUUCUGUCUUUGUUACACUCAUCACUACUAACUGACAAGGUAAGUUAGCCCAUAAUCCACCAAAAGAAGGCCUCAGAGAGAAGUUACAAGGAUUUUUAAAGUUCUGUUAACUUUAGGGAUUAUCAAGCAGAAAAAUAGACUGUCUUCACUCACAUUUUCUCAUUGGCGUUCAGACUGAACACUACAAUUAAUCAAGUAUCUCUGUCCGACAAAUAUUGAUUGGGUAUUGACAGUUGAUGGUGUAGAAAGAUCUUUUAAAUUAUUUCAUGUAACUGUUUAUUUCAAAUCCAUUAUUCAUUCAGCAGAAAAUUUGUGCAUUUUUCAAUUUAUGAGAGGACAUUGUUUGUGUUUAUUUGGGAGAAAACAGUUUGUUGGUAGUUUUCAUUUCAUGUUUGUAGCAUAUGAUCUAUAAGCUUAGCUAAUGUUAAGUGAGAAUUCAUUUUAUUUAGCUUGUGUUAGUUUUGGUUUCAUGUUUGUAGCAUAUGAUCUAUAAGCUUAGCUAAUGUUAAGUGAGAAUUCAUUUUAUUUAGCUUGUGUUAUUUUUGGUUUCAUGUUUGUAGCAUAUGAUCUAUAAGCUUAGCCAAUGUUAAGUGAGCAUUCAUUUUAGCUUAAUUAGCUUCCUCAUAAUUUAAAGAGAAUCAACACAUUUAUUGUGAACGUGACUUUUCUCCCUCAUUAGACUUUGUUGUACAUAGACCGUGUUGACUUGUAUAAGGAUGAGAUUUGUUUGGAUUUAUUAAAUAAUGAUUAUUGUAAUAGCUUGUAACUGAGAAAAUUGAUUUUAAAUUUGAAAAAAGAAAAAGAUCUAAUAAUGGCAAUGGUAUGUUAUUGUUUUAUGUAGAGAAAUGUGUGAUGUGUAAUGUGCUAUUUCAUGUAGGGUAAUUUGUCAUGGGUAAUGUGAUUUUUUAUAUCGGUUAUGUUGAAUUUAUGUAGGUUGAUGUGUAAUGUGCUGUUUCAUGUAGAGAUGUGUAGUGUGCUGUUUCAUGUAGUUUAUUUUAAUAUUAUAAUUUGUGGUGUAAUCAACUGAUUUAUAUCCACAAUGUGUAAUUUUUUGUAGGUUGAUGUAUGAUUUGCUGUUUCAUGUAGGGUAAUAUGUGAUGUGGUGUUUCGUGUAGGGUAAUAUGUGAUUUGCUGUUUCAUGUAGGGUAAUAUGUGAUUUGCUGUUUCAUGUAGGGUAAUAUGUGAUGUGCUGUUUCAUGUAGGGUAAUAUGUGAUGUGCUGUUUUAUGUAGGGUAAUAUGUAAUGUGCUGUCUCAUGUAGGGUAAUAUGUGAUGUGCAGUUUCAUGUAGAGAAAUAUGUGAUGUGCUGUUUCAUGUAGGGUAAUGCGUAAUUUGUGAUUAUUAAUGUGCUGUUUUAUGUAGUAUAAUUUGUGUUGUGUGAUAUGCUGUGUUAUGUAUUUUAUUAUUUGAUUUUAUAGAAUAGUUGUGUGCACAGGAUUAAUUUAAUAUUACCAUAGUUAUAAAUUCCUUGAAAUUUUUUCACACAUUUCAUGACAGGAGGUAUAUAAAUGGUGGAAAACAAGACUUAUUCAAAACUUAUUGAAUCUGAAUUUUGUCAAAAGUAGUGGCCUUCUCAUUGGCCAAACAGGGAACCACACACAGCUACUGUGAGUACUGCCCACACACAGCUACUUUGAGGACUGCCCACAAACAGCCUCUUUCAGGACUGCCCACACACAGCUACUUUGAGGACUGCCCACACAGCUACUUUCAGGACUGCAAACACACAGCUACUUUGAGGACUGCCCACACACAGCUCUUCUUCUUCUAUAUCUUAAGGGCCCACGAUCAAUUUAUUGAUCAUUUUGGCUCCUAUGCAUGUAGAUGGGAUUUGCAAUGUUUCUGUUACUGGUGGUGAU